AUGGCCGACGACUACAACAAUCCAUUUUUGUCUGAGAUUGAACCGAUCGAAGACAACAUUACAGAAAUUACAGAAGAUAUCUCCGAGAUUGUUGAAGCACCAGUUAGAAGAAAAGUCGAAGAAAGUGAUGGCAGAAUUUCACUGGAUCAGGUGGCUGCGAUUUUACUAAAUGACCACUUUAUUCUGUCAGCCCUUGAGCUGCACACAGAACUUGUCGAGAGCGGCCGGGAGCUUCCUCGGCUACGAGAUUAUUUUUCGAACCCCGGAAAUUUCGAAAGACACGAGAAAGAAGCUUCAAAUCAGCUUUAUCGCACUUCAAGUGAGCAGACUUUUGAUUCUUUAGACUUUGCUAGGUACUCUGAUGAUGGGGCAGGUCAGACAGAUGAAAGAGUGGCAGUAUUAGAGUUUGAGUUACGCAAAGCUAAAGAAACAAUAAAAUCUCUGAGAGCAAACCUCACAGAAGCUGCAGAGAGUGAAGUAGCUUCACCAGCACACAGUGUCACACAGAAGAGGCCUAUGUCACCUGCCGAUGAUAUUGUAAAACCUCAUGAAAAGCGGGCGUUAAAUUUUCUAACCAAUGAAUACUUAUUGAUGAAUGAAUAUAAACUGACUUCGAUAACAUUCUCAGAUGAAGUUGAUGAUCAGGAUUUUGAAGAUUGGGAUGAUGUAGGUCUGAACAUUCCAAAGCCUCCAGAUGUCUUGCAUUUAUACCGAGACUUUGCCAAUCAUACUAUACCUUCUAAGGAGUCUGUGGACGUGGCUUGUGGAGAAGAUGACGGCACAGUAGAAGUAGAGCAGCCAGAAGAGACAGAAGCUGAUCAAGGUGUACAAGAUGGAGAAAGGCAUAAAUUAGAAGUACAAUUAAAUGAAUUAAAUGACAGGAUAUCACAGCUUACUAAAGAGAAUGAAGAAUUAAAAACUAAAGUACAAAAUUUAUUAAGAGAAGCCAGUCUUAAUAAAGCCAUUAAUACAUCUACUCCAGCUGUUAGUCCAAUCACAACUCCUAGAAAGCCACUGAAACCUGACAGUUUGUUGCACAGCAGCAAUGAACAGAAUGAAAGGCAAGCGCCGAUUGGUCACGAUUCUCGUAUACAUGAUGGCGUAGUGGGGGCACUAGCCAAUGAGAUUCAAGAUAACAAUAUAACAGUUGAUUCCACUGGAAAUUUUGAUUCCUUGGACGUGACUGUUGGUUCUGUCAUACCGCAGUCUGUGACGGUAGAUAUGACAGACUCGCCAACAAAUAACACAACAGAUGUCACAGAGGAGGAGGCAGAACACACUUACUCAUUUGAACCAUGUCGAAAAAUGUCACUGUCUUUUAAGAAAGCCCUUCUUGGUACUCCAUAUUCACAAAUAAUGGAGACCAGGCUGGCCCAGGAAGUAUCAAAAAUAGCGGAAUCUAAUGAGAGUGUAGUCUUGAUGUUAGCACGAUGCCUGCCUCAUAUAGUACCCAAUGUUUUAUUAGCAAAAAGAGAGGAAUUGAUUCCACUCAUUCUGUGUACAGUUAGUUUACAUCCUGAUCCUAAGGAGAGGGACAAUUUACUCAAUAUAUUAUUUAAUCUUAUUAAAAAACCAGACGAGGAACAAAGGCACAUGAUAUUGACGGGGUGUGUUGCAUUUGCUAAACAUGUGGGACCAACAAGAGUGGAAGCCGAACUUCUUCCACAGUGCUGGGAACAAAUUAGUCAUAGAUAUGCUGAAAGACGACUCUUAGUAGCAGAAUCCUGUGGUGUAUUAGCUCCUUACCUACCUAGUGAAAUCCGCAGUUCACUGGUUCUAUCUAUGCUACAACAAAUGUUAUUUGAUGAGAAGACAGAUAUUGUAAGGGAAGCAGUCGUUAAAAGUCUCGGCAUUAUCACAACAUUCAUUGAUGACAAUGACAAGUAUUAUCAGGGUUGUGAGUUGCUACUAACUGCCCUGAGUGACAACAAUGAUGCUGUGGUGCAAGCAGCUCAGCAAGUUUACUUGGCUGCUUUUGCUGUAUGGGCAUCUGAACUUGGUAAACUAGAAAGUGAUCUGUGUGCAUUGUUUGUCAAGAAAGUCGAACAAUGUGUCAAGGUAUCAGUGGCUGGUGCUACCGUGGAUGAGAGUCAACUAAAUCUUUUGGUCAGUGCUUUACAGUGCCUUGUACCAUUCUUGUAUGCAUCUGUUCUACAAUCAGCUCCAUUUGUCACGGCUGUAAGGUUAUCAACUGAUAUCACUCCCCUAGAGAUUACUAGGUUUCCAAAGCCAGCUUCUACAUUGUUAGACAUAUCCAUUAUUGUUGGUGACAAGAAUCUAUUAGUGGCAUUAGUACAGGCAUUUGAAGACCAUAUAUCUAGUGCUGAAUAUGAAACAUGGCCAACAUUCAACUGGGUUGUCAAUGAAUUUAUACCAAGGUUACUAGAAGUAUUAGACAGCUCAGAUGUCACCCAUGCAAAAAGUAUUCAUGUGUUUUCAAAGUUCUUCUUUAAUUUAUGUCGAACAUUUGGUAACUUUACUCAAACAAAGGUUAAGCCUAAAUUCCAAGCUGUGCUUAAUGUUCCAGAAGAUCAAAUAGAUACUUUGGUAAUAGCUGGUCAGACAUCCUUGACGAAAGCUACAGUCCCUGUAUAUGCCACUGGUGUCUUGACUUGUUAUAACAGAGAAGAAGAUAGAAAACAACUCUCGAUAUUUUUACAAGAUGUCAUUACAACAUUAUCAUUAUGUCACACGUCAUUAGACAGUGUGAGGGCAGCAUUCAUUGAACUGCAUGCCAAUCCUAUUUACCAUGAAUUACUAAUGACAGUAUUAUGGAAUGGUGUGGUACACACUUCAGCUCUAGUCAGAGCCGCUGCUGCCAGAAUGUUUGAAUUAUUAAUUAAAGGUGUGAAUGAAACACUUGUAUCUACCAGAGUUGUUCCUGCUCUCAUUACUUUAUCAGGGGAUCCUGAAAUGUAAGUAACAAUAGCCAUUGUUAAGAGAAAACAAAUUUGGAGAAAUUCAUAG